ACUGAUGUCCAUUGAUUUAUGAUUUUUGGGGACAUUCAUCGGGUUUUUGCGCAAGGACUUUGAUCCGUUUCAGGAACACUGUGUUUCAUCUCUUUCCCCAGUUGUCCAAUUUGGAGCAGGAUACUUGGAACUUUCUUCUCCCAUGUGGAAAGAACGCUCUGUUUCGCCUGGAAAAGACGCGGUUUGGCCGUGCCUUUUUUAGCUCUCCUGUUCGUCAAGACACAGUAAAGACUAUAGCUGGACAAUCACAUUUUUGAAGACCUUGACAGGCGUACACAGGCUCAAAUACUCGUGCAUAUACAUUUAUUUCAUUACGCAUUAUCCAAUUUAAGAGCCUCGGAAGAACUGCACCAGCAUCGUGUGGAGGCUCACACCUGCAGAGGGUGAUUUAUCCCCCGCCGGCUACUGGGACAACUGGGAUUAAACAUCCUCCAGCUGGGAUUUCUACCAUGUCAGGUGCACGGGACUGCAGAUGGACUCUCCUCGUGUGUGUGGUGGCGCUUUCAUGUGCUCUUGCAGGUAAAAUCUCUCCCACCAGCUCAGAUGCUCUCCUCAGCUUCUCAGCAGUGACGGCCAACCCCUCGCCUCCCAAUGUGUACCUUCCCGCCAACUUCAAAAUGUCCAAUGCACAACUGGCCUUCUUCCUACGGGAGGCUCAGAUCUCAGGACCAACAGUUGGCGGCAGGAGCAACCCGAGCUCUGGACACCCGCUGCAGCGCUCGGAGAGCUUUGUGGUUUUCCAGACAAAAGAGCUCCCUGCCAUCAACAUAACCUUUGGGCCUUUUGCUCGGGACCAGGCUCUGUCCAAAGAGUUGCUGCAGCCGACGAGUCCGCUGGAUAUCCCCGGACAGCUGACGGUCAACUGGAAGGUGCGGGCGUUUAUUGUCCAGGCGAGGGUGUUCUCCAACAACCCCACGUUGCAGGUGUUCUUCUACAUCGCCGGGCGCGACUGGGACGACUUCAAGGCUCAGGACAAGCUUCCCUGCGUCCGUCUGCACGCCUUCCGGGAUGUCCGUGAGAUUAAAACGUCCUGCCGCAUGAAGGGCAACCUGGCGCAGUGUUUGGCGCAGCUGGAGCUACCUCCGUCCUGGUUUAACACCAACGUGGCGCCGCUGGGUCGGAGGAAAGGCUCGACGGACGGGCUCCUGGACGGGUUGACCAGUGAGACCCUGCAGGCGGAGCUCUACUACACCCUGCACGGGCCCAAUGUGGACGGGGAGUGCAUUGAGGGGUUAGGGCACAGGGGUGGAGGCGCUUCCAGGGGAGAACCUCUGUCACAGCACCCCCUGCUGCGCAUCGGGAGCAUCAGCCUCUACCAGGCCAGCCAGGAGCAGCUGCUGGUGGACAAGCAGCUGGACAAGAACAUGUUCCUCAGGCUGCCCGAAAAGCCCCUGAAGCCGGGGGAAGUGCUCCAAAUCUCCCUCUACUUGAUGCCCAACUCCACUGUGGAGCAGUUCACCCUCAG